UCAGAUGGAUUAGGAGACAUGUCGUUUGGUCAACAGCUGGGUAAUGGUUAUGGACUUCUUGUGGUUUUAAUUUGAACAACAGAAGUGCAGAUAUAUACGAUAUGAUGCAAGUUUAGAAUGCUGAAAAGUAGAAGCAUGCAGAGGCAUGCGGCAAGGAGGUUUACUAGUAAAAGUUCUAUUAUGGCCGUCACCAAAAGGACAGCCUCUAACAAUUCACUCUCCUCCCCUCCUCAAUUUCACCAUCACAACAAUGCAGAUUAUCAGCUAUUCAUCCAUCUUCUUGAAGCCUGCAAGCUAUCACUGGAUUUAAAAACUGCAAUUGAAACCCAUGCAAGAAUCAUUAGAUUUGGGUAUGGAACCUACCCAUCUCUUGCAGCUUCUCUUGUUUCAACUUAUGUUAAGUGUGAUCACUUCAAUCUUGCUUGUGAAGUCAUCAAUCAAGUUUUUUCUUGGACUGUCAAUUUGGUAGCUUUAAAUCUGGUUAUUGAUAAUAUAAUGAGGGUUGGAGAAUGUGAGAUUGCCAAGAAGGUAUUCUAUAAAAUGCCUGCAAGAGACGUGGUUACGUGGAACUCACUGAUUGGAGGUUAUGUUAAAAAUGCACGCUUUGAGGAGGCUUUGAGAUUCUUCCGGGUUAUGCUCGGUUCCGACAUUGAGCCAGAUAAGUUUACAUUUGCAUCUGUUAUAACUGCGUGUGCUAGGCUUGGAGCUCUUGAUAAUGCUCAAUGGGUGCAUGACUUGAUGAUUCAGAAAAGAGUUGAAUUGAACUGUAUUUUGAGUUCUGCUUUAAUUGACAUGUUCUCAAAAUGUGGUAGAAUUCGAACUGCAAAGGAAACUUUUGAGAGCGUCCAGCGCUCCGAUGUUUCAGUUUGGAACUCAAUGAUUAAUGGAUUAGCAGUUCAUGGGCUUGCUUUGGAUGCAAUAUCAGUAUUCCUGAAGAUGGAGGUGGAGAAUGUUUUACCUGAUUCUAUAACUUUUAUUGGGAUUUUAACAGCAUGUGGCCAUAGCGGUCUGGUCAAGGAGGGCCAGGAGUACUUUGAUUUAAUGAAAAGGCGUUACUCAAUUCAGCCUCAACUUGAGCACUAUGGAGCAAUGGUUGAUCUCUUAGGUCGUGCCGGUCUUCUAGCAGAGGCUUACGCCAUGAUUAAAGGAAUGCCAAUGGAGCCAGAUGUUGUUAUAUGGAGGGCACUCCUUAGUGCGUGUAGAACAUAUAAAAAGCCUGAGCUGGGUGAAGUAGCCAUUGCAAAUAUAUCACACCUUAAGAGUGGAGAUUACGUCUUGCUGUCUAGCAUCUACUGCUCUCAGGAGAGAUGGGACAGCGCACAAGGCAUUAGAGAAAUGAUGAAAAAGAAUGGAAUUCGUAAAAUUCGGGGAAAGAGUUGGUUUGAGUGGAAAGGUGUGAUUCACCAAUUUAAAGCUGGCGAUAGAUCUCAUCCUGAAACAGAAUCAAUAUACAAAAUUCUAGAAGCAUUGAUCCGACGGACAAAGUUGGAGGGAUUUGUGCCCACAACAGAGUUGGUCAAUAUGGAUGUCUCUGAAGAGGAAAAGGAGGUAAACUUGAAUUAUCAUAGUGAGAAGUUGGCACUGGCCUUUGGGAUUUUUAGAACUAGCCCUGGGACAGAAAUUAACAUUUCAAAGAACCUUCGAAUAUGCUAUGACUGUCACAAUUGGAUAAAGAUAGUUUCAGGGCUGUUAAGCAGAGUGAUUAUUGUUAGGGACCGAAUACGUUUUCACCGGUUUGAAAGUGGAUCAUGUUCUUGUGGAGAUUAUUGGUAGUCAGUUCCAGAAUACUUAGUAAAUAUGUUCCUUUAUUAUGGGUGGAUGUAGAAAUUCAAGGAAUCCAUAAGCAGAGUUGGCGCAAAUAUAAGAUGAUGCUAUUCCAUAUAUCACUUGGCCAUUUAUUAACGAAUUUCAUGUUGGGGGAUGCACGUUGAAAUGACAAUGCUGUCAGAAAUGAACUGCGCUUCACAUGGGAAAAGGAAAUAGCAGCACACAAGUUGAGUCUGUCUCCAUUUCUUUUGGAAAGCAGGUCGAUAUGCGUCUGACUUUCAUAUCAAUAUCAACUAAGAUACCAAGUUCCCAGAUGGAUUAAAUUUUAUCGGACGUCCUUGGUAAAGCUGACGAUAGGUUUAUCGUGAACUUUGAGGCUGUUAAGCUCGCAUUAGAUCUGGGAUGCAGGUUUUAUGGCAAGAUCCUUAAUUUUUAAGCGUUCAACUAUUUAUUCGGGCAUGUGCAGUUCAGCUCCGUUGUCCUG